AUGGGGUCAGAACAUGUGAGGUCAGAACAUGUGAGGUCAGAACAAGCAUUGGACGGACAGACGUUGAAUGGUGAGAUGGGAGAUGGAUGCUAUCGGAUAAGUAAUGAAUCGAGUGCCUUAUUGGGAAGUAAGAACAGUCCUCCUCCUGUACAGUUGAGUAGUCGUCUGGUCAAUCGGGGCCGGCUGCACAAGACUGGUCGAUUGCAGGUCCAUAAACGGUUUAGUAAGACGUCAAAAUAUCUUGGCGUCGGAUAUCUUGGCGUCACUAGUCAGGAGUCGGCUCAGAACACACCUCGAAGAGCCACCUCCCCGACCGAUGCGUACCGUUUGACUUUGCCUGGUGUAAAGUCCCGAACUGCAGCCGUUAGGACCACAGAGUCGGCUACCCUGCCGCCCUUACCAAACAUGUUGUUUGAAAAAGGGCCAACAGAAACAAACCUACCUACAUCCCAAGACCAUCACAGGUCACGCAGCAAACCAGGUACCAAGUCAGACGGGAAGUUGGAUGCUGACGAGUCGAGUCAUAAGCCAGAUGUCAAGUCGAAUAUAGUUGCCUACGAACCAUGGCUGAAAACAGCAAAAUCACUACUGUCCCCGAUCUCCAAAAAAAAGUCCAAGACUGGCGAAACCUUGCGGCGCCCCCUCAGUUCCGCGCCGCCAGUGGUGACCGCGGACCCCGUCGUGUUGGCCUCGGUCGUCUCAGAGGCGGAGGUUGAAUUCGAACCUGCGGCCCCGGUUCUGGCGACCCUUCCGGCCCGGGCGGCCUCACCCGGGGCAGGGAAGCCGUUACUGGGGACGUCGGCGAAGGCGGAGGUGAUGUUUCAGACGGCGGGAUCGCGGUCAAGUGCGGGACCGCCGGUGCGUCCUAGUCAGGCGGGGCUGGGUGCGCAUGGGUUGAGUUACUCAAGCUUGGCGAUGAGGAGUGUGGAACCUACGGGUGAGCUGGAGGUGGCGGGGGACGGCUGUGUGGUGCAGGGUGUGGGAGGUCCAGGUGGCGAGACGGUUUCCGGUGGUCAGGUUGUGGGUUCGAGUCCAGGCUCCGUCGGUGACGUCCUAAGUGAAUUGACAUUGGAUCCGGAGGCGGCUGCAGGUUGCCGUGCAUUGAAUGGUGUGAACUGUGUCGAAUUUGCUCGGGAAGGAUCGUUUCUUCAGCUGCACUCACGUUGGCACCGACCGAUGAUAAGGUGGGUAUGGUUGGACACCGAGAGAAUGGCGUUAUGUUGGGAAACUGAAGAUGAGUGUGUAGCUGUGUUACCACUUAGUUUAGUUGAAUCAAUUGUUUCAGGACCGCGUAGUACGUUCUUUCAGAAACGAGUGCUACCCGGCUUCGGAUCCGCGCCGGCGGUUCCGGACCAGGCGUUUGAAGUGCGUACACGUAAAGGUAGUGCGACAGUUCUAAAGCGUUUACGUCGUGGUGCUAAUACAGGUGCUGAUACAGGUUACCCUGAUGAUGUAGCAGACAAGUUGGGAAAUGGUGUCAAGUUUGGAAAUAGUGUGAAUCGUGGUCGAAAUAAUUUGAGUUCAAGUAGUUCCGAACACGUGUGUGAUAUAGGUGGGUGUUGGUCAAGAAGAACAGGACAUGAUCCUGGAGGGGUAGAGGCGGUGGGAUUAGAAGGGUUAAGUCAGCGUCAUUCACGUGUGGCAUCUCGUAAUUUAUCAGCGGAAUUUCUAGAAGGGCAAAGGAGCAACUCGAUAUAUAAACCUGUCCGACAUCGAUUAGCAGGUGGUUGGAGACGGCAUUAUAGAUUUCUAGCUCAUGAACCAAAGGAAUGUCGACAAUGGUUAUUAGCAUUGGCUGUAUUAUGGCAUAAAGCGAAGUCGAGUCAUGUACAACAAAAUUAUCGACAUCAUCAUCCAUUCGUAAAAACUUUAUGGACACGACAAUUACAUUCGGAAUUAUGUAAGUUCCGUGACGUAUUACGACUACUACAGGUUUUGGAUUUGCAUGCAGAUAUCGGACAUUGUUAUACAUUAUUUAAGAAACAAGAUGUAGAUAAGUCUGGUAUUAUAGGUCAACCGCAAUUUAAUCAUAUACUUAAUGACCUUCUUGAUGUAUCAUUCCUUAAACAAACAUUUCAUCUUGGUAAUGGUGAUAAUGAUCUUUGUUCUAUUGAUCAAAUUGUAGAAAGUUUACAAGAUAUACAAUUAGAAACUCGAGAAAAAUCACAGUGGCUUAUUAACGAUAUUACUAGUCGUGGUGGAUACUAUGUAUUUGAUAAAUUAUUAACAUAUCUAGCUGUUAAUCAACUUGUUAAACAUAAUUUAAAUAAUAUACUCAACAUACAUCAAGCGGAUUCUGAACCACGAGAAGAUGCUCCACUAACACACUAUUGGAUACGAGCAACAUACACUCCAUUCGGUCUAAAUUAUAUCAAUCAAUCAGAUAUGGCUGUAGCAUUAACUAAAACUAUUCAGAAAGGAUUCCGAUGCCUUGUCAUCUACAUUCAAAAUUCAACACACAUAGUUGAAGAAAGUAAGCUAUCAGAUGAUAAGGAAUUACUCAACAAGGAAUUACUCGGUAAUGAGUUACUCGGUAAUGAGUUACUCGGUAAUGAGUUACUCGGUAAUGAGUUACUCGGUAAUGAGUUACUCGGUAAUGAGUUACUCGGUAAUGAGUUACUCGGGGAAGUAGAGCAAAGGGAAGUAGAACGAAAUGAACCACGGAAAAGGAAUAAUGAUGACAUACAUCCCGUUGUUAAACCGGACGAAGAUAGCCAAUUGGAAAUGACACUUUCAAAGUUCUGUUUCAUACUCAAAUCUUGCGCAUUCAUUUAUAGCCAACAUCCUGUACUUUUACUACUAGAUAUAAAAUCAAGUAAUGAUCAUAAUUUCUACCAUGUCCUAAAUCAGCAAUUACAGACAGAACUCGAAUCUUACCUCUUACAAUUCGAUCCAAAUUAUGAUGUUCCAAAUCUUUCCACAUGCAAUGGCAAAAUCAUAUUAGGAUCUUUUGCCAACAAGGAUGCAAAUUAUGUAUGUUACACCAUGUAUAUUACACCAUGUAUGUUAUAUUAUGUAUGUCACGUAGUAUACUAUAUCACAUCAGCAUGUUGUUUCCAUAAUGUCUCCACCAUAAUGUCUCCACCAUAA